CAAAGUAAGAAAUCACCCAAUUGACCGUGAUUGAGACGUUUUCCAUUGUUUUGGUUUAAAAAAUUGAUUUUAUCAGCUGCUAAAGCUUUAUAGUAUACACCAACAGCAUCAAUCAUGUCAUCAAGCUCGGGAGAAUCGAGUAGAAAUAAAUUUGACGAGGAAAUUCGUGAGAUAAAAGAAAUAGAAAAGCGAGAUUCUGUGUAUACAAGCAAGCAACAGAUUGAUAGACUCCUCAAGCCAGGCUCAACAUAUUUAAAUCUUAAUCCUUUUGAAGUUUUACAAGUUGAUCAUGAGACAAAAAUUGAGAAUAUAAAGAAAGCUUAUAAAAGGCUCUCAAUUUUGGUCCAUCCUGAUAAAAAUCCAGACGAUGAUCGAGCUCAAAAAGCCUUUGAGAUUGUUAAUAAGGCAUGGAAAAUCCUCGAAAUGGAUGUAACAAGGAAUAAAUGCUUGGACGUAUAUUCGGAAGCAAAGCAACGAACAGAUUUGAUGAUUAUCGAGAAAAGAAAAAAGCUCAAAAAAGAAGGCAAAUCAGAAGAAAUACCAGAGGACAAUCCAGAGAAAUAUGAUCAUGCUGUAUAUGUGACAGUAAUGAAAUUAUUUGCUGAUAUGGAAAGGAAAAGGCAGCAACAAGAUGUUCGUGAUAUGGAGGAAAGAAAACGUAAGCGUGAACAGGAAAUUGAGGAAGAAGAGAUGAAGGAAAUGCAGAAAGAAUAUGCCAAGAAUUUUGAGGAGUCGCGCGAAGCCCGAGUAUCAUCAUGGCAGAAAUUUCAAUCAUCAAAUUCAGCUAAAAAGAAGAAGAAAAAGGUAGCAUCAUCAUCCUUUGCACCUCCUAAAGUUAAGGCUGAAACGCGAAAUUAAUUUGUAUAAAUCUAUAGCUUUCCCCCGUCAUAAUUUUUGACAUAAUCAGCAGCAUUAUGCAAAUUUUAACAUACAUAUUAAGAAUUUUUAAAAAAGUUUAUAUUUAACUCCUCUCCAAC